CAUCGAAACGUUGAAAGUUAAUCGAAUUAAUAUACGAAUAUUUCAUGAAAUUGCUUCUAGUAUCGUACAAUUUAUAUCUCUGAAAAUAGGAGAAAAGGGUGAAGUAUGUAAAACAAUUUAAAAAAAAAAAAAAAAUCCAAGGAAGAAACAAUAAUAAUAAUAAUAACCGAGAAGAGAACGCUAACAGUGUCGUGGAUUAUUUUAAUCAAAAGUGUUUACGAAUUUUACGUAAAUUAUUAAAAAAAAAUCAGCGAUAUAUUUUCUCCAUUUUCUUUUUUUGUCGUUGUAAAAUUGAUUUCACUAAAAAAAAACAAGCAAGAAAAGAAGGAAGAAAAAGAACCAAAGAAGAAGUAUGACACAAGAGAAAUAAAAUGUUCUUCAGCAUCGAUCGAAGAUUACAAUUGAAAUAUCAAUCACAAUGAAUCAUGGAUCGAGAUAACUCGUGAUCAUCGUCAUCAUCAUCAUCAUCAUUAUUAUUAUUAUUAUUAUGAUCAUCAUCAUCAUCAUAUCGAGAAGAAUUCGAUCAUUUUGAUCGUUGAACAAUAAGAUUAUUGAAAAUAACGUUCAAUAUUUCUACACAAAGAAACUUACAACAUACAAACACACACACACACACACACACAGAUAAUUUAACACUCGUUAUCACAACGAGAGAUCAAAAUUGUCGAGUGUUCAAGUGUCCAAAAAAGAGUAUAUCUUUUUAUUUUUUUUUUUUUUGUUUUGUUUAAAACAAACAGAGAGAAUACAACACUUUAAGGUGAACUUUAAAAUGGAAACUUUUUUUUGAUUUUUAUAAAAAGUUCUAUAUACACUGUUGUCCACUUUCAUCUUAUUUUUAUUCUUCUCUUUCUCUCUCUCUUUCUUUCGAAUUUUUUCUUUUAUUGGAAAAAGAAGAAAAAAAAGGACUGACUGACUAUUGGGUUCGAUCCUGAAUUUCAAGGUGGAUUUCUCUUGAAUGUGAUUUAUCAAAGGACUAUCGAGAUAGAUUUCAGCAACCACGUAGGGUGGCCCUAUAUUAUUAUCUUGGAUAAACUAUAGAUAUAAAAAUCAAAGAUUUUUGAAGACUGUAGAAAAACAAGAGCGAUGUCGUGGUGUAAGAUGAUUUUUAUCGGAGUGACCUGUUGAUGACGUUAUGGGGUGGUUUGUCCUCGCUGGUAUUUUAAUAAUUUCCAUAUGCGCGACGGGAUUACCGUUGCCACAGGGUGGUGGUGGGUUGGGGGCACAUGGACAGCCGCAGGCCGGUUUGUCAAGCACCUCAGGCCCCAACAUAGUAGGUGGUGGUGGUGGUGGUGUUGGUGUUGGGGUUGGAAUCGGCGCAAAUGCCGGUGGUUCCGUCGUAGGAGUCAGUGGCACAGGUGGAGGAGCAGGUGGUGGUGCAGUUAGGGGUAGUAGUGGUGUCGGUGGUGUUAAUUUACCUUCAUCGGGAAGUUCAAGUUCCUUAGGAGGAUCAGCUACCGUAGUUGGAAGCAGCGGUAUUGGUACCGGUAUUGGGAGUGGUGUUACUGGAGGAAGCAUCGGAGGUGGUGCAGGUGGUGGUGCAGCUGGUGGUGGCAGCGGAUUGGGUUCCUCCACUGGACCAUCGCGUAGGGGCCGCCAGGGGUGGCGUGUUUGGCGCCGUGGAGACCCCACCCUUAUGAAUCUAUGGAAAUCUCAGGGUCCUUUGGGGUCUUUAGGAAACGCCAAGGGUUACAUCAUCCUCGCACUUUUGAUCGGGGUUAUCUCAAUGGUGAUCGGUUGCUGGUUAUCAGAUAACUGUUGGUCACCAGAACCAGAGGGGGUGGUCACCCUUGCAUAGCCUAGUGCCGAUUUUCGUUCGUCUAGGCGAUAACAACUACUACGACGCCUACCAUCCUAUAUGAUUCUUUACGAAUCUAACGGUCAGCGUCCUUCGCAAAGACAGCAACAACAGCAACAACAACAAUUACAACUAUUACAACAAUUACAAGAACAAGAAGAAUCUGUUGAUGAACAACAAGAACAAGAACGACAAGAACAACAAGAACAACGUCGACAACCUGCUGACAGAUUUGUUCAGCAUCAAAGACGACCAUUGCUCGACAUUAACGACAACGAUACGCUAUUACGCGUUUGAAUCGUUUUAAAUCAUCAUAUUAUAGGAUAUAUUAUCCCCCAUUGAUCAUCGAUCAUCGAUCAUUACUUUCUUCUUUUUUUUUUUUCAUUCAUUUCCAAUCGUAUUA